GUUUGACACAGACUUCCCGUCGCCCCAUGUGGACCACCUGUGCACGCACGGCUCCGCUGCAUUUGACGCCCCGCGCCAGCGCCGCGAGCGUCGCGCCGCGGAGCACCCGCGCGCGGAGCACGCGCCCGAGUGGUUCGUGGGAACCCCGUCGCGCGGCGGGGUCCGUGGGCGUUGGAGUGGCGCUGACCAAAGUCAGAGGCUUGACCACCACAGCUGAAGCGCCGGCAGCGCCUGUGACAGGGACCAUCCACAAAUGGCCCAAGAGAGAGAUCAAAGGUUUGCUGCAGGAGCUGAAAAGUUCGGAACCCAUCUUGGUGAAGUAUUUGGAGUACGCCACUGAUCCAUGGGUGACGGACUAUGCUGAGCUGCGGCCUUUGAUGGAGGUUCACUUCGAGCACAUCUCACAUGAGUCGGUGGACCAGCUCGAAGCCUGGAGAACCAAGGCGAGAAGCAGAUGUGGGCUUCGAGUCCAAGGGUGUAUGACCACUCCAAUCUUUGCAUGCAACACUCCGAUCGCGGGGGAGAUUGUCGAGGGCGAGUUGAACGACAUCAAUUACACCAUCCAGCAAUUGAAGCGUGGUCGCUUCUUCGCGCUGGUCGCGUGUGACGUGCACCACUGCGGCUUCGUGGCGGGCGCCGGCCUGGCGGUGAAGCGGGAGGAUGCCAAGCAGCUGGCCGCGCAGCAGGCUUUGGAGCGAUUGUUCUUCCCGGAGGAUCCUGUGGAGGAAGUGAGGCGUUCUGGGAAUCAGAUGCGCGAGCACGAGCUUCACUCUGGAGCAAGGCUUCCGGCCAUCCAGGCCGCAGAGACCUUGGCCGUUCUCGGCGACAAGUUGGAAGAUGUGCAUAUCAGCGCUUUCCAGCCGUUGGGAAAGGCCUGGCAGGCAGCCAUCAGCUGCAUGUGCCUGGACACGCGCGUAACUGGGCCCUCAGCGGACUACGACCGCACAGUGGCGCUCGCUUUGGCCGGGGAGAUGUUCAUGAGCCGCCUUCGCUGGUACAUGCGCGUGCCCGCCGGCGACCCUCACGAGCCAGAGCUUUGGGCGGCCACCUGGGAGCAGCGCCGGGCCUCCCUGGGGAAGCCCUGGAGUGGUAGGACCAGCGUGCUGAAGCAUGAGAUCGUGCGCUUGCAACGUUUGGGCAAGCAAACCAGCGACGAGGACGAGAUCGCCCGGCUCUUGCCCAGUGAGUCGAGAUUUGAGACCUGGCAACAGCAUCUGGAGCAAGCGCAAGUGCUCCGAUGUAGUCGGUUGGCAGAUGCCAAUAAGGAAAAGAAACCAGGCCGCGCUGCGGCGGACGCUCCGCCGGUCGUGCGGCGGAGCUUCCGCCGAGCGAAGCCAGCGGAGGAUGGGCGGCGGAAGGAGCUGCAAGGUGUGCUGCCAGCGGAGCAGGUCCGAGAAGAGCUCGGGCAGAUCUUG